AGCAUGAAGCUAGCAUGAUGCUAACAUAAAUAAGCAUCAAGCUAGCAUGAUGCUAACAUUAUUUAGCAUGAAGUUAGCAAGAUAUAUUAUGAAAUUAGCAUAAAGCUAGCAUGAAACUAGCAUGAAGCUAGUAUGACCUAGCAUGAAGCUCGCAUGAAGCUAACAUGACCCAAACACCCAACCCCCAUGUCUCUAUGAUGUUCGGAUCCAGAGAUAUAAGGCUUUGUUUAUUCCGUUGCUAGGGUGUUCAUAUUUGGUUGCUAGGGGAGUGGCUUAAAGCAGACAUAUCAUGCUAAACCCACUUUUUUAGCCCUUAAAUGCAUUUUGUUGUAUAUUUGUGAUGUUUACAAGUACAGAAAAUGUGAAAUUAGUCUCUUCAGGUGCUUUGUUGAUAUCGUUAUAUUCUGUUUUGGUCAUACUUUCCCAACCGGUUCAGAUUUUUCUGUUCUCUAUUACGUUUUCUGAACAAUUGCGUCAAAGUAUUUGCAGCGGAAAUGCCAAAUAAAGACAUUGACUCCUCCCAGUCCAACACUUCGAGCUAUCCGCCAUUUUCAUUCCUGCUGCGAUUGUAGUCCAAGGAUGCAGAAGUUACGAGAGAAGUCCAAAUGUUCGGUUUUUAGCUGUCUUAACCCACACGAUUCAUUACACCGUCUCCCAGCAUCAGAACCUCUUCGAAGUGCCUGGUUAAGUUUUAUUUUUCACGGGAAUGUACCCACAUCUGUGGGUAAAGUCAUUUUUGUGUGCGCGAAGCACUUUAAGGACAACGACUUCACCAACCUCCGCCAGUACAAAGAAGGAUUUGCCGACAGACUUCGUCUGAUUGAGGGGUCAAUUCCUUCUAUCUUUGGAGACGAUGAGCAGAGCACUUCGAGGGCUAAACCAACAAGACAAGAACCAACAUUUGUUAACAAAGGCUGUCAAACAAAACCCCUGAUGUGCUCAGUUGGGACACAGCUUUCAAUGAAAACUCUCCUACCUCAUGUCAAAAGUAAAGGCACACAGGUGUGUGCCCCAAAGUGCUCAGAUGUUGGAGUCUGCACUUCAACUACUACCUGUGUGCGAACACAUGCUUUCCUGUCCUCCACACCAGUGAAGCGACGCCGGUUGCUUGAUAUUGAGGAAGAAAUCUCGCCAAUAAAGAGACCCUGUCUGGAGCAGACCGAAGUGUGUGUUGACUCUUCAGAGGGCAGCUCUACAAUGAUACAGAGCCCCCAUGAUCCAACCUACAACCCUGAGGACUCCAUAAGUGCUUUGACAGAGGAUACUGGACACAUCAUGGACCCUUCUACACCAACCUACAAAAUGCCUACUUAUAUUGUGUAUGAAAAAUGCCUCUUAGAACUUUUUGAGGUGUGCCCAGUGUGUCAACGAGGGACAAGGGUGAAGACCAGAACAGUUGGGACCUUUCUGUGUGUAGAGCAGCGAUGUCCACACUGUGAUUUUGUAAGAACAUGGAAUAGUCAACCACUACAUGGAGGCACCCCUGCAGGGAAUCUACAGCUUUCAGUUGCUGUGUAUUCCAAUGGCGGCUCAUUUUUCAAAGUGGAAAAAAUAUUCAGAGCAAUGAGGCUGCAAAUGUUCCAGCACAACACCUAUAGACGGCAUGCCAGACUUUACAUAGAGCCAGCUAUUAUAUACAAGUGGAAGUCAACACAGGCUGGUAUAAUGGAGACACUUAAAACACAAAAAGCCAUACUUGGUGGUGACAUGAGGGCUGACUCUCCAGGACACAGUGCCAAGUUUGGAAGCUACACAAUGAUGGAUCUGAGGAGCAACAAAGUCAUUGACGUACAACUAGUUCAAAGCAAUGAAGUUUGUGGAAGUAAUCAUAUGGAGCUUGAGGGACUGAAACGCUGCCUUGGUGUUUUGAAUGCACACAAUGUAUCUUUGGACUGUAUUGUCACAGACCGGCAUCCUCAGGUCCAAAAAUACUUGAGAGAAGAAGCCAAGAUCACCCACUACUACGAUGUGUGGCACAUAGAAAAAGGCCUAUCCAAAAAGAUGGUAAAGGUAGCUAAAAAAAAAGAUUGCACACAACUGAGCAAAUGGCUUCGCAGUAUAAAGAAUCAUAUAUACUGGACGGCUGCUUCCUCAACGACCCCCCAAGAAAGAGUAGCAAAGUGGACCUCUAUUCUUAACCAUGUGCUAGACAUUCACACGCAUGAUGAUCCUGCAUUCCCCCAGUGUUUACAUCCACUGCAAACUACACAGAAUAAAAAGGAAUGGUUAAAACCAGCUACACCUGCAUUCUGCUGGCUGGAGAACUUGCUUACAUCCAAGAGGAUUCUCAAGGAUGUAGAAAAACUCAGUCCCCACUUGCAGACUUCAACCGUUGAAGCUUUUCACAGUGUCAUCCUGCUUUUUGCCCCCAAAAUCAAUCACUAUCCUUUCCUGGGAAUGCUGUGCAGGCUGUACCUGGCGGCAAUGCACUUUAAUGAAAACUCUGACCGUCUGCAAGCUACCACCUCCAAUGGAGAGCCCAUGUACAGAAUGUCUUGCCCCAAGUACAAGAAGGGAGAAAGAACUUCUAUGCCCAUCAAAACACCAGCAACCUUGAAUUAUGUCGACGACAUCAUGGAGCUGGUCUUUGAACGAGUUUUCCCUGACCCAACUCAGUACAUAGAUGAGGUAGAAAAGAUAAAUAUCCCACCAACCCUCUCAUCUCAGCAUCCACAACCAGACAAGGCAACAGUGGUCUCUGCUUACGUCUCCCGCUUCAAUCCAGGACCGGUCUGAAGCCCACAUACUGUCCCUCAUUGUCUGGAUACUCCUGCCGUAUUCUCAAGACAACACAAGACGGCAGGACAACACGCACUUUCCGGCCCAGAUAUCCCCAGCACCAUGAAACAAAGCACCUGUAUGCACAAUAUCUGUAACGACUAAAACACAAACAGCAGAAAAUAGUUUGAAAUGAAGUUUGAAAUGAAAAUGUGUACAAUAUCUUGUUUCUUAGUAUUUGGAAACUUUGUAAAUGUGUUUUUCAAUAAAUGGACAAAACAUAAAUUCACUUACUGUACCAUUCCUCUUAGACGUAAUGGCCCAAACUGUGCUUUGUAAACAUUUAUUGCAUUUUGUAGAGAAUACUCAUUGAGACACACAGGCUCAAAUCCAGGAUGAUCCACCAUGCACGUCAGCUGACUGGAUACUUCCUCCAUUCGAGCCUUAACCUAAACAAUGUUAAAUUUAUUAUGGAGGAUUGUGUAUAUUCUAACCUAAUAUGUAGUAACAAAGCACACUGACCUUAG